UCGCAGCACCAACACAAGACGAAACACUACACUACAGAAAUAUGCCAACUUCUGCUAUUGCUACUUUUAUAUAUCGGUGAGUACAUGCAAAGUGCUGCAGCCAGCCAUGCAAAUCUCUCUCUGGCUACUCUCUCCCUACGCCUCGCAGAUGCCCGACUGAGGAGGCUCCACCUAGGAGAAGAUGCUUGAUUAAGCAUAUGUGUAGAGACAAUAAAUCUGGGACAGGAAAACAAUUUCUGCCGUCGUGUAUAUGGUAUGAUAGCCAGAAUACAGAUCCAACCAGGCAAGAAAGCGGUAGACAAAUUAUUGAGAAGCAGGUAGAGAGGUAUUGAGACAUUUUGGCUGGGAGAGACCCAUAUUUUCAUCAUGGGUAAGCGCCAAGAAGGAACAACCACAGGGAAGAAACAAAUGGAAGCAUCACCAGUAAAGGAACCAUAUCUCCAUAAGCAGGACAAAAUACAUUCAAUGUCAACGUCAGAUUCACAAAUUCAAUUGAGUUGCCCUGUCUGUUUGGAUAAACACAGUUGCCAAACAGUUCGUUCAAGAACAAAAUUGAUGAGUAUUCUGAUAGAAAGGAGGAAGCCUCAAGAAGCCCAUAGCGUUUUCAAGAGCAUAGCAGAAGAGGGACACAGGCCAACUCUUAUAACAUAUACAACUCUUGUAGCUGCCUUGACCCUUCAAAAGCGUUUCAAGUCCAUCCCUUCUCUCAUAUCUAAAGUGGAAAAGAAUGGUUUGAAGCCUGAUUCAAUAUUCUUUAAUGCCAUGAUCAAUGCUUUCUCUGAAUCCGGAAAUGUUGAGGAAGCCAUGAAAAUCUAUCACAGAAUGAAACAGAGUGGAUGUAAGUCCACAACCAGCACUUUCAAUGCCCUAAUUAAGGGGUACGGAAUUGCUGGUAAACCUGAAGAAUCUACGAGACUGCUUGAGCUAAUGUUAGAGGAAGAAAACAUUAAACCGAAUGACAGGACAUACAAUAUUCUUGUUAGAGCCUGGUGUAACAAGAAGAAUAUUACAGAAGCAUGGAAUGUGGUAUACAGAAUGGUGGGAUCUGGUGUGCAACCUGAUGUUGUCACCUAUAACACAUUAGCAAGGGCUUAUGCGCAGAAUAGGGAGACAAGUAGGGCUGAAGGGAUGAUACUGGAGAUGCAGAGAAACAAAGCCCGGCCUAAUGAGCGUACUUGUGGCAUAAUCAUUGAUGGGUAUUGUAAAGAAGGUAAUAUGACAGAGGCCUUGAGGUUUGUGUACAGAAUGAAGGAUCUUGGUGUAAAUCCAAAUCUUUAUGUUUUCAACUCACUUAUCAAAGGAUUUCUAGACAUUGCAGACAGUGAUGGAGUUGAUGAGGCACUGACAAUGAUGGAAGAAUUUGGGGUCAAACCAGAUGUGGUAACAUUUAGCACCAUGAUGGAUGCAUGGAGCUCAGCCGGGCUCAUGGACAAAUGCCAGGAGAUCUUCAAUGACAUGGUAAAGGCUUGCAUAGAACCUGACAUUCAUACAUUUAGUAUUCUUGCGAAAGCCUUCGUGCGCACUGGAGAGCCUGGGAAGGCAGAAGCCCUCCUGACUUCAAUGGGCAAUUUUGGUGUGCAUCCAAAUGUUGUUAUAUUCACUACCAUCAUCAGCGGGUGGUGCAAUGCAGGCAAAAUGGAGCAUGCUACAAGGAUUUAUGAAAAAAUGUGUCAAAUGGGAAUCACCCCUACUUUGAAAACAUUUGAGACUCUAAUAUGGGGGUAUGGAGAAGCAAAACAACCCCAGAAAGCAGAAGACAUUCUCCAAAUCAUGGAAGAGAAGGGUGUUGUUCCUGAAAAGACCACUAUCCAGCUUGUUGCUCAGGCUUGGCGUGCCAUUGGCUUAGUUAAUGAAGCCAUGAGAAUUUUAAAUUACGCAGAAAAAGAAUGUGAAGAUGUACAAAAUUAUAAGAGUGAAGUCCCCGAGUAUUUACCUGGAUUAGUUUAUAAGAAACAAAAUGUUAGUGCUGCUUAUUCUAAUCUUCUGCAGAUACCUGAAGUAGUUGCAACUAAUCAGAAUGGAUCAUCUGUUGCUAACUUGAGAAGCAGACUGGUGAUUAAAGGAUCUGAGAUUUCAUCCGAGAGCAAGCGACAUGCAACCAUUUCCAUGGAUCUCGCUCGUAGAUUUGCAUUUGGAGUGCAGCCAAUGAUCAUAUAUAGGAAGCAGUGCCAGAGUCAAGUUCGGACAUGCAGGCCUUGUGUAAAUACAUGUGGAGUAGUGUUUAUAUACUGAUGAGCAAAGAUACGUGACUGCAGUGAUCCUAUCUUCUUCUCUCUUGGCAGAAGCAACAUAUGCCAUCAACCAUUGUUGUACAAGAAAGGUAUAUGCAUACAAAGACAAAGUUCAUUUCUUCCAAGCAUGUAUGUGGUUACUAUUAAAUGUAUUAUAUAAGUUGGUAAAUAAAGUGAUCAACUGUGUUUAUCAUUUUUUUUGUCAUUUAAGUGAUGAAAAAUCAAUCCUUGAAAUGUGAACAACUUGAAUGCAUCCUUUUCUACUA